AUGACACCCCAGGAAGCCACUUUGAGUGAGAUUUUCCCUCAUAUCCAUCCCAGUACGAUCCAGCACGUGUUGGCUUCUAGAAACAAUAGUGUUCGUGAAGCACACGAGGUGCUCUUAGCCAUGAGUGAUGCCAAAAAAGAUGCAUCGUCCAUUUCUUCUUCUUCAUCAUCCUCAUCAUCGUACGCCCAUUACUCACGUAAAGCACAUCAUGAACAUCCAAGGCGCGAAGGAUCAUCAUCAAGCUCUGAGAAUUGGCGUUCCACGAGUGGUAGCGCUUGUGAUGUCUUUACUGGCAAAGAGCAAAGACGACAAGCAAAGCGUGAACAUAAAGAACAGAGGCGACGAGAAAAGCGUGAGCUUAGAGAAUGCAAACGAUGGCACACAGGCUGUGAUCGCCAUCGUAACUCUUUUAGUUGUGGAUCCAUGCAAAGCAUAGCGGCUUUGAGGGAACAAAUGACACAAACAGCCAAUGCCAUGAGCAAUCAUGCAGCCCACGCAGCCCAUGCCAUUAACACUCAAACAACACAAGCAUUCAGCACAGUGAACAACACAAUGAAUAGCCAAAUUUCACAAGCUAAUAAUGCUAUUUAUACGAUUCGGACAAAGAGUGGUGACAUCCCAUUGAAUGGUCCUAUCGGCAGCAUUGUUGGCCUGGGUAUCUUGGCAGCAAAAAAGGCAGCUUCAGUAUACAAUGAUCGAAAGGAUAAAAAGGAAAAAGAAAAGGCGAGGUCUGAACGUCCAUCAUCUAUUGCGAGUGAAACUUCAUCCAAUGCAACAUCAUCACCCUCCACCCAUAAUGCCCUUCCUCGUUAUUACACACAAAAGCCCGAUGAGCCUGAUGAAGCAACAACAUCAUCAUCAUCAGCAGCAGCAGCAGCUACCCCAAUGGCUGCACGAGCAGUGUCACUUCACAAGCCAAAUGAGCCAGAGGAGCAACCACCCUCCUAUGACUCAAUUUAUAAUGUACAGCUUGAUCCCCAUGCUAACGAAACCCAAUUCCCUCAACCCUCAGCUCCCAAGAAGCGAGCUUAUUAG